ACUGUUCGCGCUCGGCACUUUGGAGUGGGUCGUCGCGACCAUUUUUAUUUAACCUGCUUUUUUAUGAGUUAAAGGGCGUUUGUAAUGGGGAAAAACGAUUUCCUUUCACCCAAAGCCAUAGCCAACCGGAUAAAAUCUAAAGGUCUCCAGAAGCUGCGAUGGUAUUGCCAGAUGUGUCAGAAACAAUGCAGAGAUGAGAAUGGCUUCAAAUGCCAUUGCAUGUCCGAAUCCCACCAAAGGCAGCUUCUGCUCGCCUCAGAAAACCCGCGCAAGUUCAUGGACAGCUUUUCCGAUGAAUUUAAAAAAGGUUUUUUAGACCUGCUGAGACGACGUUUUGGAACCAAACGAGUGCACAACAAUAUUAUCUACAAUGAAUACAUCAGUGAUCGUGAGCACGUCCACAUGAACUCCACAAAGUGGGAGACGCUCACAGAGUUCACCAAGUGGCUCGGGAGAGAAGGUUUAUGUAAAGUGGAUGAGACACCUAAAGGCUGGUACAUUGAGUACAUUGACAGAGAUCCGGAAACCCUCCGCCGCCAAGAGGAGCUGGCGAGGAAGAAGAAGCACGAAUUGGAUGAUGAGGAGAGGGCGGCCAAGUUUAUUGAGGAGCAGGUCCGCAGAGGCCUAGGUGGUAAAGAGGCUGAGGAAACACCAGUAUACACGGAACUCAAACGGGACAACGAAGAAGAAAAAGUUGCCUUCAACUUGAAUCUCUCUUCUUCCAUCGCUGGUCCAUCCACAUCAAGUACUGUAUUGGGGGCUAGUGCUCUAAAAACAGCAGCUGCUGCUUCGACUAAGAGAAAAGAACCACCAUCAAGUUCAGAAUCCAGAGAAAGGAAGAAGAAGUCAGCGCUGGAAGAGAUAAUAGAGAUUGAAGAGAAGAAGAAAAAGAAGCAGGAGCCAGUGAAGACAGACUACUGGAUGCAGCCAAACAUUGUGGUCAAAGUGGUCACCAAAAGACUGGGAGAAAAAUACCAUAAGAAGAAAGGCGUGAUCAUGGAAGUGCGAGACAAAUACGCUGCUGUGGUGAAGAUGGUUGACUCUGGAGAUAAACUCAAGCUGGACCAGAAUCAUGUUGAAACUGUUAUACCAGCACCAGGCAAGCGGGUUCUGAUCCUGAAUGGAUCUUUCAGAGACACAGAAGCGGUGUUAGAAGGAAUCGAUGAAAAAAAGUUCUGCGCUACGCUCACUCUGGACUCUGGUCACGAGAAGGGGAAGCGUGUGGAGAUCGCCUACGAAGAUUUCUCCAAACUAGCCUGAACAGGAGUCGCUUGUCCCCUUCAUACGUUAGACUCUACUGUGUCAGAGUUCAUUCCCCCUCAGUCAUGUGUACAUUUCCUUUUAUUUCUCAGAAGAGCUAGAAAAAAAACGAACAAUAAUUUUUGUCAAUUUUUGGGUUUUUGUUUUUUUUUAUUGAGAAUUGAAUUGAUCAGAACAAUCCUUUUUGAUCAUGGUUUGAAUAAAUUUAUCAACAAAACCAUUCUGUGUG